CAGAUUGUCAUCCAGUAUAUCAGUUUGCUUGUAACAAUGGUCAGUGUAAACCCGUCACUUAUAAAUGUGAUGGUUAUGUAGACUGUGAAGAUGGUAGUGACGAAGGCGGAGACUGCGUUUAUGAAUGCGCAGAAGGAUCCUUCCUGUGCCCAACAACUUUCACGUGUGUCUCGGAUGAUAGAAGAUGUGACGGUUUCGACGACUGCGGGGACCUCUUUGAUGAAAAAAACUGCACAUGUGAUGACCUCACUCAGUUCAGUUGUUUGGGAGAUGGGCUUUGUAUUCCUAAAAAGUACCUGUGUGAUGACGUCAUUGACUGUGAAGAUAGCUCAGAUGAAUUGGAAUGUGGCCAGCUUUGUCCCGAUGGACAAGUUGUAUGCCGGGAUCGCAGCUGUAUAUCUGAGUUGUACCAGUGUAACGGAAGAACGGAAUGUCCCGAGAACGAGGAUGAAAGUAUAUGUGGUAAGAAAACCGUAUCAAUGUGGGCGACCUUUAGUGGAAGAGCCAAGCAGUAGUCGAAUAGUUGGUGGCACUGAAGCAACACGUGGUGUAUGGCCAUGGCAGGUUUCUUUGUCCAAGUCUGAUGGUGGUCAUAUCUGUGGCGCAUCUGUAUUGACAAAUAACUGGAUAGUCACCGCUGCACACUGCUUUAAAUUACCGACUUAUGACAUGGACACGUCGCCCGGACCGUGGCAGGCGGCGUUUGGGAUACAAGACGUGACUCUUUCUCGGUACCGAAUAGAGAGACGUGUAAAGGCUAUCUAUGUGCACCCUGAUUACCACCCCCUCUACGAUGAUUACGACAUCGCCAUGGUGGAACUGGUACAUCCCAUUGAAUAUAAUGAUUACAUCAUGCCAAUAUGUCUCCCAACAUACGAUAUGCGACCGACCAAUGAAAGCACUUGUUACGUGACGGGAUGGGGAGCUACCAGUGAACAUGGUUUUACUUCUGACGUUUUAAAACAAGCGUUAUUACCGGUAGUACCGAACGUAAAAUGUGACGAGCUGUUAGCUACAGACAUAGGUCCCAGAAUGCUAUGCGCCGGAUAUGACGAAGGCGGAACUGACGCUUGCCAGGGCGAUAGUGGCGGUCCAUUUGUUUGCCAGAAGGAAGCCGGUGAUUGGUACCUAGCUGGUGUGGUCAGUCACGGCUUCGGAUGUGCCAGACCCAAUUCACCGGGCGUCUAUAGCAGAGUCACUGAAUACCUGGAUUAUAUAUAUCAAUUCCUGCAGCAGUAAAAAUUAAUAAAAUCUCUGCACGUUUUCUUUUUAAGUUAUGUAAAUGACUUAUUUUAUUCUUGAAUGUUAACAAUAUCAGUUUUUAACCACGUACGCCAGCCACUAAAUCAAUAUUUAUUUUAAUUAUUGCGUUUGUUGAAGGGGGAUAGAUCACGUAACCGUAUCUUUAUGAAAUUCGGUUAUAUUUAUUCGAUUGUACAGAUAAUCAAGUAUAUUUGUAUAUAUGUAAUUGUGUAAAUAUGACGUUUCAACUUCACUUUUAAUUAUUCAUGAUUUCAAUGAAUUGACACCACUAUAUUAAAUUACACAUGCGAGACACAUUAUUUGCAGAACACGUCUUCCUGAUGAUUCUGAUCACCAUGAAAAAUGAUAAAAUCAGUUGGUAUGGCAACAAAUCAUGAAAUGUGGAUGCCUGUGAUACUUGCCAGGGUCAGUGCGAAGUUGUCUACAGAUUAUACAAAAAAUAAAUGAAACUUUAUACUGUAUAUAGUCACAAAUAAAAUGUAAAUAAAUAGCUGCCUGUGGAUUACAAGAUUACAUGUAUUAAUAAUUUACGCUCUUUUUAUUUUGAUUUUCAUCUUCAUCAAUGCAUUUGUUCAAUGAGAAGUAUUAUUACUAACCCAACAUCAUACCAUCUGAAAUGCCUAGCUAUUAUCAUUGAACUGAUUGAAUCUUAGUCUCAUUAAUUUGUAUUUCAAAGUUGUACUUUUAAUUAUAUCCGUUAUUUGCACCCAGACAUUUUAAUGAAUAAAUUAGAGAUUUACAAGUCGGAAA